CUGUUCGAGGCCGCUAUGUCCGUCGAGGCGACAAAGUCGCGCUCCGAUGGCAAGCCCACCUGGAAGGACUUCUACGGGCGACUGUUCAUCCGGUUUUUGACGGUCACCCUGCGGACAUGUCCCGAGGGCAGUGGCAAGAUCCUGACGGAGCUCUGCCCGGCCGGGGUGCAGCCGUCUCUCACGGCGCCGGGCUUCGCGCGGCCCUUCCACGAAGGGCUUCUCAAGUCAGUCCCGAUGUUUUGCUAUCCCGAGUCCGACCUAAGCCUGGCGUCCAGUUCCUCCGAGAUGUACACCUUCACGAUGACCGACGCUGAUGGGCAUCGUCUGUAUGGGUUCUGCCGGCGCCGGGACCUGGCCCGGGUGCGUUUCCCCCGGCCGGAGAUCCUGCAGGAGUGUCUCUGCUUUGUGUCCUCCUUCCCCUGGUUCUCGCUCUUCCACUCUCUGCUGGAGGUGGUGGACCAGCGCAAGUCCGUGUACGAGUCGCACCCGGAUUGCAAGCUGGAGAACCUGGACAACUUCCUCCUCGCCCUCUAUGCGGUGUCCGUGCCGCAGAAGCCCGGCGAAACUUUCCGCGUGAUCGCCGGCUCUUCGCAGGUCCCGGUCAAGCUCCUGCCGGAGUCUUACCACUUCCAGCGGCCGCUGUUCGCCACGCGGUACCGGUCGACCGGCCUCGGGCUGAGCCACAAUGGCCCGGGAUCGCCCUUCCUCGGGGGUGGCGGGGCGUCUGCCGGCGGGCCAUCCUCCUACCUCGGGGGCAACAGCUACAUGUCGGUGGCGGCGCAGACACCACCGCGGUCCGAUGCCGGCGGGUCGGCCGCCCCUGGCGGUGGGGCUGCCGUGCGCCUGCUGGCCGAGCCCUUCGACCACAUCGACUUUGGGGCCCUCUUCAGCUCGUUCGAUGAGCAGGAUCUGCUGGGGCUUCUGGCCUCCCUGAUGACCGAGCGCCGGAUCCUCUUCACCUCGUCGUCGCUGUCGCGGCUGACCGGGUGCGUGCACGCGGCGGCGGCCCUGCUGGCCCCGCUGGAAUGGCAGCACAUCAUGAUCCCGGUGCUGCCGGCGUCCCUGCUGUCGACGCUGCUGGCUCCGAUGCCCUUCCUGAUCGGGGUGCACUCCUCCCUGCAGGGGGCCGUCCAGCGGGAAUCCCGGCACAUGGAGUCCGUGGUGUUUGUCAAUUGCGACACCGGGUUCGUCAACUUCUUCCGCCAGGAUGUGGACGCGCUGCCGAUCGACGCCACGGUGCGCUUGCGCCACAGCCUCCGGCGGUUCUACUCGCGCACCGGGGCCAUGGCCCAGGCCUUGCACAUGGCCAGCCUCGAGCAGCUCUCGACCGGCGGCGGCCCGCCCGGGGCCAGCCCCCUGGAUCUCGGCCCGGGUGCCGGCGGGGCCGGUGCCUCCUCCGGGCCCCACGGGACAGCCCACAACCCCGGGGGCGACCUGGCCGAUCCGCCGGUGCCCCUGCUGAACGCCAGUAGCCUGGUCCCGGCCAUGGUGAAGUUCUCCACCGCGCAGAAUGUGACCAUCUCUCGCGCGGUGAUUUCCUUCUACAGCCUUUUCUUGACCAACUACUUUUGCUUCUACAAGCCCGGCACCACGACCCUCAACAUGGAGGAGUACAAGCUGAGCCUGCCGCGCGGGUCGCACCAGAUGCUCGACAUCCUGGCCACCACUCAGCACUUUGAGCGGUUCAUCGCCGAGCGCGGCGAAGAAAUGACCCUCGAUCGAGUCCUCCCGAGCGAUCCCUGGACGUCAUUGGACUCGGGGGCCGUGCACCCGGGUCCGGCCGCGACCGGGUUCUUCUCCGGAUCCUCGCGCAGCUCAUCAUACGGCGGGACCGGGGCCGGGGCCGGGGCCGCCUAUGGCGGGUGGUCCUCCAGCGGGAAUGUCGGCAGUCCGUACACCCGCGAGGAUAUGGACGACGCAUCGGCCGGGUCUGGCGGCUGGUCGCGGCUGGCGGUCUCCGGCCAUGUGGUCACCAGGAAGAUCCGCGCUCGCGCCCGGAAUGCCAUCCUCGGCCCGACGACGGUGUCCGGCCAGCGUGUGCCGGACCAGCAGCUCUUUUUCUCGCCCUUGCCACCCCCGCCCUCACGCCGGUCGGCUCGGUUCUCCUUCCUGAUCGACCCGUCGGCCACCAACACCCUACCAAUUGACAUCAAAUCCCGGUCAUUGGUGGAACUCAUGGGCACCAAUCGGCCCCUGAGCACCAUCGGCGGCCCAGGCGCCGACCCCUUCGGCGGGCCAUCCCCCUCGCCGUCGGUCCAGUCCCUCCGGAGCUUGUCCGUCUCGACGUCCACCUCCUCGCUGGCCAGCCUAGAUUCGUCGGCCAGCCCGGCGCCGGUGUCGCCGGUAUCCGGCCAGAUGCCAGCCCCGGCGACUCCACUUGGCUCUGGAUCCGCAUCCUCCUCCUCCUCCUUCAGUACUCCCACGCGGCAACUGUCGUCGCCCUUCACCGGCCGGUCGACCUCCUCUUCCUCGUCUCUCUCAGCGGCCUCGGUGUCCUCCCCGCUGGCGGGGCCCGUGCGACUGGCGCCGCCACCGCAGCAGCAGCAGCAGCAGCAGCCGCCGCCGCAAUAUGCCUCUUCGAGCCUGACCCAGGGUUCCGGCCAGUCGUCGGCUUGCUUGCUUGAUUUGUCGGACUUUGCGCCUGUGGCUCCGGCGGCCCCUGCUCAGGGCGACCCAUUCGGGGGCUUUUCGGCAGCGACCCCGGCACCUCACGCGCCCACCGCCGGUGCCUGUCUCCUGGACCUGGAUCAGCUGGUGGCCGAGCAUACGGGUGGCUCUGGCUCCGGCUCGGCGGCCGGCGCCGGUGGGGCCAUCCCCCUGGAGCACCUGUUUUCAUUCCUGUCGGACUACUCCAUGGUCGAGGGGGAGAAGCCUGCUCCGAUGCCGCCCCCGGGCAGGGCCGCGGCCCCGGUUGCUCGCGAGUCGCCCUUCGGCGGAACGCGGCCAGCCUCGGCAGCCCCCUCGACGGCGCGGACGGGCGCCUCGACCUCGGCCCCGGCUUCGUCUUCCGCUCAGGCGUCGGCGGGCCUGAUUCCGCUGCUGCCGCCGCCGCCGAAGUCCCCGCAGCCAUCGCUGGCCUCGCUCAGCUCCUCCUCGCUUCUUAGCCUCAGAUCUAGUCUUCCGACGCCGCCUCCGGCGACCGGGGCCCAGUCGUCGGCCCCGGCGCCCGCCCAGUUCCACCACCAGGCGCCCGGCAGUCAGGCGGCCCUCUCGCCAGCCGAGUUGGAGGCCUUCCUUCAAAUGUGAGGCCUCGACUUGACGCUUCUCUCUCUCUCUCUCUCUUGCCCCUUUCUUUGCCUCGGCCAG